UAAGAAGAAAGAACAAGAGAGAACAAUUACUAGUUCUCAUCGAGAGAGACUAUAUUAGUUUCCUUUGCAAUCAUGACGAACCAGCUGGAUUCGAGGAGAUCGGCCAAUUACAAGCCAAACAUAUGGGAAUAUGGCUUUCUACAAUCUCUUUCUGCCACUGACCAAGACAUGAAGGAAUACGAGUUGCGAGCUGAAAAGUUAAAAGAGGAAGCGAAGUUUCUCUUCGCGGAAGCAGCAGCAGACGACUGGGUGGCUAAGCUGGAGCUUAUUGACAGCGUGAGGAAGCUAGGGUUAGACAGCUUCUUUGAGGAUGAAAUCAAAGAGGUUCUCGAUGCACUGUCCAUAUCCAUCGGAGAUUCAAGUUUCCACAUCGUGAAACGGAACCUCCAUUUCUGCGCACUGUCCUUCAGGCUGCUUCGACAAUGCGGCUAUCGUGUUUCUCAAGACAUGUUCAUCGAGUUCAUGGACAAACCCACGAGGAGUUUCAUGGAAAGCAAGUGCUGUGGGGACGUAUUAGGGUUAGUGGAGCUAUUUGAGGCCUCAUAUUUGGGAUUGAAGGACGAAGAUAUUAUGGAAGAAGCCAAUCGCUUCUCAACCAGAGUCCUGAAGAGCAGCUAUCCGAGGUUAUUACUUCAUCGUAACAACGACCUGGCAGAACGUGUGGCCCACGCUCUGGAGCUCCCGAUCCACUGGCGCGUACGGUGGUUCGACGUGAAGUGGCAGAUCAAGGUCCAGAAGAAGAAGGUGGGCAGGGCAUUGAUUGACUUGGCUAAGGUCAACUUCAACGUGGUCCAAUCCGUACUCCAGAGGGAUUUGAAAAAAAUCUCCAGGUGGUGGAAGGAUCUUGGUCUGAUUGAAAGGCUGGACUUCACGAGGGAUCGAGUCGUGGAGAGCUUCCUGUGCUCAGUGGGACUUGCGAUCGGGACUGAGUUUAGCGGUUUCAGAAUACGUCUCACGAAAAUUAUAUUGAUGAUACUGGUACUCGACGACGUUUACGAUGUUUAUGGAUCCAUAGAAGAACUACAUCACUUCACAACUGCCAUUGACAAAUGGAAUGCAAGAGAACUGGAGGAAUUGCCUGAGCCUAUGAAGUUGUGCUUCCAAGCCCUAACUGACAUCACAGAAGAAAUUUCAGUGGAGAUCCAAAAUGAGAGAGGCUGGGAUGAUGAUAAACAAGUGCAGCCUCACCUUCAAAGAGUGUGGGGAGAUUUCUGCCAAGCGAUGCUAGUGGAAGCAAAAUGGUGCCGCGACGGACGAACCCCGUCGCUAAAGGAGUAUCUUACCAACGGCAGCGUUUCAUCCUCCGGCACGGUCAUCGCCGUUCACUCCUUUUGCUCAGUGUCGUCGUCGUCGUCGUCGGAAAUGAAAAGCAGCUUCUUGGAGAAAAGUGAUCACGAUCUCAUUCACAAUGUCUGCCUCAUAAUUCGCCUCUGCAACGAUGUUGGAACUUCCAAGGUGGAGCAAGAGAGAGGAGAGGCGGCAUCGUCGAUAGCUUGUUACAUGCGUGAAGCCGAUGCAACGGAGGAGGAAGCCAAGGAUUACGUCAAAGGAUUGAUAGCCGGAGUGUGGAAGAAAAUCAACGAGCAAUGCUUUGGGCAGCCGCCGGCGACUCCCCGGCGGUUCGUGGACAUAACCACCAACAUGGCGCGUGUGGCCCAUAAUCUGUACCAAGACGGCGAUGGGUUUGGAGGGCAAGACCACAAACGUCAUCACAAGAAGCAGAUUUUGUCUCUCCUCGUUCACCCUCUCUCAGGAUUGAGUCCUGUUGACCGGUCAAAGUAAAAAGAGAAUAGUUUGUAGAACGUAACUCAAGACAUCAAAUUUAAAAUGUUGAUUCAAAGGAAAACGGAUUGCAGUAAUGAAAUGGGUAGACUGCAGACUAAAGUAUAGUUAGAGGUUGUGAUUCUCUAAAUUGAUGUUUUUAAUCUAUUUGUUUAUAGUAAUUUGAUGUAUUGAUUAAAACCUAUGUAUUUGAAAAAUACUUUAUUUAGAGGUUACGAUUUUGUUUUUAUAAUAAAUUAAAGAAAUUUUGGGUAGACAAUUUCUUGUUAACCAUGUCACGUUUUAGUAGAUAUUGAUAAUCACUCAUUUUGAUUGAUUGUAGGUGGGUCUAUAAAUAAAGUUAUACAUAGGGAUGACAAAAAUAUCCGUAAUCGUGGAUAUCCGCCCGAAUUUGGCCUAAUCGGGUAGGGUAAAACCCGAACCCGAAGGACAUUUAGUGGGUAUGGGUAAAAUCUGAACCCGAAUAUUACGGGUCAUGGGUGGGCAUGGAUUUCUCACUAUCCAAUCCGAACCCGCCCGAUUAUACACAUGCAUAUGUAUUUUUUCUAGAAAUAAUCAUUAUUUUUCUCUAACAUAUUUUAUAUUUAGCAUAUAAAUAUAAUAUUUUCAU